AUGAGUAAUUUAUAUUAAUCAUCUUCACUUCCUGUAAUAAAGAAUAAAUUACAUGUUGGAGAGAACCUAAUGUAUUAAAUUCACAAAAGAGCUUUACAAGAAUAUUUGAAAAGUGGGAAUAUAGAUUAACGAAUAGUUUCAAUGAAUUUAUUAAAUGUAAGUUAAUUGAAGAAUGAAGAACUUAAUUUAUUGCACUAAUCUCUAAGUACUAGAAACUAAAAACUUGAAGGUGAGGCCGGUAAAAUAUUAUCAAAAGUAUUUCUUAAAUAUUAUACUUUUUAGUUUCGAUCAAAAGUUAAAUCUAAUGGAUUCCCUCUCUAUUUCAAGAAACCAGAUUAUUCUCAUGAAGAUCAAGAACUCAAUCAAUUAGAAGAGCAUCUGUAAAGAAUUAACUCUAUUAAAAUUAGUAAAAUAGUUCUUAAAUCAAAAUUGAAUACUUGCAAAGUGUUUAAUGGUACAUAUUUAGUAGAUCCUUCAAUUCAAGAUCUUCAAAGGAAUAAUUAAAAAUAGAAGCAAUCUUAAUAAUUUGUUUACUUUCCUGCAUUAAAAAGACAACCAAGUCAAACUAAUUAAAGAGAUACAUAAUAAAUUAAAUAAGUUGUUAAUUAAAGAUUGCAUGAUUCUGAAUUAACACUCUAAGAAUUAAGAGAAAGAUAUAAGGAAUCUAAAUUAAGUGACUUUUAAAAGUAUUUUUUUUAAUUGAUUGAUGAGGGGGAUAUUGGUGAAUUAUAAUCUUUAUUUAAAUAAAAAGAAAUCUCUUAAGACAUUCUUAACACUCCAAAUCAUAAAGGUUAUUAUCCUAUUCAUCUGGCAAUCAAAUAAAAAGAUCCAUAAUUAUUUAAGUUAUUUUUAUAAAAUGGAGCUGAUCUAAAUGUUUAAACAAGAAAAAAGAAAUCUAUUAAAUAAUUAUUAGAAAUCUACUAUAAUGAUGAAAUCUAUGAAUUAAUAAAUGGAAAGAAGAAAGGAAAAUUAUAAUUAUGA